AUCAUCUUAUUUUUCUUCACAAUCAAAACUCACUCUACUCUCUCUUUCUUACCCUCUCUGUCUGUGAUUCUGUAAGCUAUGGAGAACAGCUGGGAUUUGCAAGCAGUAGUGAGAGGAUGCAAUAACAAUCUUGAAGGGUUUGCUAAUACCAUGGAGUUCUCUCAAUCAUCUUGUGUUGGAUUUGCUCCUGCAACCAUUGAAGAAGAUGAUGAUAUUUUCCGGACCUUUCCUCAGCUGUUUGAUACCACAACAGCUUUGGAUGAAUUGGAGGAGCUUUACAAGCCCUUCUACCCAAACUUGCAGCCUAUUUCCCCUAUCAUUCCUAAUCCUACCCCCGCCGCAUCGGUUCUUCAGGAAGUCGCUAAAGAAGAAAAAGAAGAGCCAAAGAAGCUGAAAAGCUUGAAAGAAUCCUCACCGAUAUGCAAAAGAAGGAAGAAUCAGAGCAAAAGGGUGGUGAAAGAGGUUAAGGAACAGGAUCUGUUUUCGGACGUGUGGGCGUGGCGAAAAUAUGGUCAAAAACCCAUCAAGGGAUCGCCAUAUCCAAGAAGCUAUUACAGGUGCAGUAGCUCAAAAGGAUGUUCAGCAAGAAAACAAGUUGAGAGGAGCAAUUCCAACCCAGAAUUGUUCAUCAUAACCUUCACUGCAGAACACAACCAUGAUCAUCCUACUCGGCGAAACUCUCUAGCUGGCAGCACUAGAACAAAGUUCCCAAAAUCUCAGAACAAUGAAAAGAGCAAACAUGCAUUUGUUCCUGUGAAAGAAGAAGCACAUAGACUGUUGGAAGAGGAUGAAGUUAGUCAAGAGAGCGCCACAGAUAUGAUGUUGGGAGAUGAAGCUGUUCCAAGCUUUGAAGAUUUCGAUAGAAAGUUGGAGGAAUUGAACGAAUUGAUGGCGGAACCAGUCAUGACAGAUGAUUUCUUUUCGGAUCAGUACCUUUCAGAUAGUUACUUUCCAAGUUCUUGGUUCCUUGGUCACUCUUCAAGUACUGUGACCGGAGCUUGCUGACGAUUUACCAAGAGGUCAUACAUAUAGAGCUAGAUAUAUCUUUCAGGAAUCAGAGAGAACGAUGUGAUCGAUCAGUUGUAUAUCGAGAAAAUUGAAUUCCAACACUUCAGUUUCUUUUAAACUGAUAAAAUGAUGAACUGUAAUUACUAAUUAGUAAUUUAGUAUAGUGUGACGACUACCAUAGUCUUGAUUAUUAUCUAUAUAAUUCAGGAUUAGGAUGAAAUCAUCUCUCACGUUUGAAUAUAUAAUUGGUGUACUUGAUUAAUGUACCACAACCCGUCUAACCUUUAGCUGUAAGCAAGAAUCAGUUCAU